AUGGGCACCAACCCCAAGCUCGAGCCGAACGCGUGGCUGGUCGUGCUCGACCUCGAGGCGGCCUGCGGCCUCGACGUGCCAUGGUACGAGAAGGAGAUCAUCGAGGUCCGCGCCAUCGUCGUCUCGGUCGUGCAGCAGACGGCAAUCGCCGAGUUUCACGCGUACGUCCGGCCGGCCACGUAUACGGCGCCGCUGGACCCGCUCUGCCUCUCGCUGACUGGCGUGACGCAGGCACAGGUCGAUGCUGCGCUGCCGUUUCGCCGCGUGUGGAAGGACCUCGUGGCGUUCUGCGCGCCGUACGAGCGCCAUGGGCUCGUCGUCUCGGUCGACGACUGGGACGUGACGACGAUGCUGCCGGCGCAGUGCGCCCGCGACGAG